CAAGGAAAAAUGAAUCUUGUUAUAAGCAACCAGGAAGGUUCUGGGACUUUCUCUAUUUUUACUGGCAUACAGCGUGGAAAUGUCCCGACAGGAAAACUGAGUGCGCGUCUAGUAUUUAUAAAAAAAUCAAGUCUACCAGUGCCGGGGCCAAGUUUCAGCGAUCAUCUUAGAUUAAUAGUCGGUGCCCCUAAGAAGAAGCAAUGGUGGAGCCCUGGCUUUAGCACUUUCCUUGUUUUACUUUAUAGUCAUUCGAGACUUGCGAGAAGUUACAAGGACAACAAUAUCAUCUAUCUUCCAUACUUCAUCUAAUGGCUUUCGCUUAUGCAGCUUUCUUUUUGUUAGUAAUUUGUAUUUACAAACCUGUAAGUUCCCAGCAGAACCACUCAAACUUGAUAAGUUUAGGUUCUUCAAUCUCCACCAACGUCCAACCAACUUCAUGGCUCUCCCCUUCUGGCACAUUUGCCUUUGGGUUCUACCCACAGGGCAGUGGCUUUAUAGUGGGAAUUUGGUUGGUGGGUAAGCCAGCUGAUAUAAUCACCUGGACAGCAUACCGAGAUGACCCUCCUGUGCCGUCAAAUGCUACGUUGGAGUUAACCGUAAACGGUAAGCUUCUUUUAAGAACUUACUAUGCCAACAAUGAGGCCGGUGAAGAGAAACUCAUUGCUAAGAUAGAGAAGUCAGCUUCAAACGCUCGCAUGCUUGAUUCUGGAAAUCUAGUGCUCUGCAAUGAACAUUCUGAGGUCAUUUGGGAGAGUUUCAACUUUCCUACAGAUACAAUAUUAGGAGGCCAGAAUCUACAUGCAGGGCGCGAACUGCUUUCUAGUGCAUCUACAACCAGUUUGUCAACACGAAGGUUUCGUCUUAAAAUGCAAUAUGAUGGGAAUCUUGUUUUGUAUCCCGUAGACACUCCAGAUACUUCAGUAGAUGCUUAUUGGAGCACAGACACUUUUGGGUCCUCUGGUACCCAUCUAUAUUUAAAUUAUACAGGAGAAUUGCUAAUCCUUACCAAAACCUCGGGCAAAGUCAAAGCUGUGUUUUACUCUGAUUCAGAACCGGAAAGCAGCUCAAUUAUCUACCGUGCAACAUUGGAGUACAAUGGAAUUUUUCGAUUGUAUUCUCAUAGCUUCGACAGCAAUGGUGUCUACACUACAUCUCUUAAGGCUUAUGAACCAGAAAGUCAAUGCGAAGUGAAGACUUUCUGCGGUCUCAACAGCUACUGCACCAUGAACGAUGAUCAACCUGACUGCCGCUGUCUUCCUGGCACUGUUCCUGUCGAUCCCGAACAGAGAUAUAAUGGGUGUGAGAGAAACUACACUGAACAGUUAUGUAAAGUUGCAGAGGAAACAUCCUUGUAUAACAUUACUGAUAUGGAGAAAAUGAGUUGGGAUGACUAUCCUUAUUUUAGAAACUCCAUGUCAGAAGAAGAUUGCAGAAAGUCCUGUUUGCAGGACUGUAACUGUGCUGGUGCGCUGUACCAAUCUGGGGACUGCAAGAAAGUGAAGUUCCCAGUGAAAUAUGCUAGGAGAUUGGAAGGUGUCUCAUCAAGGGUUUUCUUCAAGGUGGGUUUGAAGAGCGUCGAAAGCCGCAACCGAUCCAUUGCCACUGCAAUGAAGCCUCCAGUGGUCCAUAAGACAAGCAAGAAGACAGUGAUGGUCAUUUGUGUUAUGAGCGUAGCAUUCAUUACGUGCUCUUCAAUUGCCAUUGCAGUUUCUGUUUUUUUCAUCUCUAAGUCAAGAGUUGUUAAGGCCAGAAUGCGGUUGGGAAGCGGAAAUCUUGGCUUGGCCCAUGAGCUCACCCUGAGAGCAUUUUCAUAUCGUGAGCUUAAAAAUGCAACCAAGGGUUUCAGGGAAGAGUUGGGAAAAGGAUCUUUUGGAGCAGUUUACAAAGGGACAUUAUACAAAGGUAAAAAUGUUAUUGCAGUGAAGAGGCUGGAGAAGUUGGUCAGUGAAGGUGAAAGGGAGUUCCUCACAGAGAUGCGUUCGAUUGGAAAAACUCAUCAUAAAAACUUGGUUCGUCUACUUGGUUACUGUACUGAGGACUCGCAUAGGCUACUAGUUUAUGAAUACAUGAACAACGGUUCCCUUGCAGAUCUUCUCUUCCGAACUGAAAGAAUUCCAAAUUGGAGUCACAGGGUUAAAAUUGCUUUGGAUGUUGCUAGAGGGAUCCUAUAUCUACAUGAAGAGUGUGAGGCACCAAUCAUCCAUUGCGAUAUAAAGCCUCAAAACAUUCUAAUGGAUGAUUUUUGGAAUGCUAAGAUCUCUGAUUUUGGGCUAGCAAAAUUGCUAGUGCCUGAUCAAACAAGAACCUUCACAAUAGUCAGAGGGACACGAGGUUACUUGGCUCCCGAAUGGCACAAGAACACCCCAAUAUCAGUGAAGGCAGAUGUUUACAGUUACGGAGUUAUGCUCUUGGAAAUUGUUUUCUGCAGGAGAAAUAUAGAAGCUAAUGUAUCAAGACCAGAGGAAGUUCAACUUUCUAAUUGGGCAUACGAGCUUAUGGUUGCAAGAGAAUUGGACAAGCUUGAUCUUGGCGAAGAUGUAGACUUGCAGAAUUUGGAGAAAAUGGUUAUGGUGGGCAUGUGGUGUAUUCAAGAUGAACCAGGUAUCCGUCCUUCUAUGAAGUCUGUUGUGUUGAUGUUAGAAGGAAUUACCGAUGUAUCUGUUCCUCCACAUCCAACUUCAGCUUCAGCAUAAGUUUGUAGGCAGGAAAACUAUUAAAAUUCUGUAUCCUAUAGUUGUAGUAGUUCUAACAAAAAAAUCAUUUGUUGUUUUUCAUGGGAGAAGUUAUGGAAGCAGUAGUGUAAAGAA